AUGGAUAUUCUAUCGCGUCAGUACGGGAGUGACGAGGAGGGAGGGGAGGAUUCUCCGCGAGAGAAAUCUACGAUAACAGCUUCUCCGCCUCGGGAAAAGCAGGCUUUUGGUACCAAUACUGGUGCAACCCUAACCGGUUCUGCUGGGGUUACUGCAAGCAAGUCAGCGUCACGAAUUGCUCAGGAAAACGACGAUAACGAUAGCGACGAUGACAAUAUGGCGUACAGGUUUCUCGCUCCCCCUAGUUCGGCCGCUCCGCCAGUGAGCGACGCUUUACUCGCUGCUGUACCACGCGAUAUUAUGACAGCUCCCAUCGACCCGUCGAAGCGGAAUUUACAAUUUAAUCCAACUUACGAUCAACUGUGGACUCCUGUAGUGGGACCCGCGCAUCCUCAUAACGCGGACGGCCGCGCGUUAGGGUUGCGAAACCACCGGCUGGGAUCCGUCCAAGACGCGUCGGUGGACUCUUUUGUCUUCGAUGAACAGUACCACACGUUUCAGGCGUACGGCUACAGUGUUGACCCCGCAAGUGUAAACGGGACCGAGGUCGUGGGUGAUAAAGAAGCGGUUGACACUAAGGCGGGUGCUACAGUGUACAAUGUGUCUAAACAGGAGCGGGAAAAGCGGGCUAUGGCGGUGAAAGAGGAGGAGAGGAGGAAAAAGGCGGAGGAGAAGCAGAGGAAGGAGGAGGAGAGGAAGAGGAAGGAAGAGAAGAAGAGGAGGAAGGAGGAGGAGAGAGCGAAGAAGGAAGAGAGGAAGAGGAAGAAGGAGGAAGAGAAAGCGAGAAAGGCUGCAAAGAAGAAGCGGAAGGGGGAAGGUGAUGUGGGGGCGGAGGUGGGAGCGGAAGGGGAGGAGGGAGCAGGAGGAGAGGGGGAGGGGGAGGGGGAAGGGGAGGGGAAGAAGCGAGGGCGGCAAGGGAAGGGUGUUAAAGAGGAGGAGGGUGAGGAAAGGGCAAAGAAGAGCAGGGAGGAGGAGAGAGAAGAGGAGGAGGCAGAAGAGGAAGAAGAGGAGAGUGAGGAGGAGGAAGAGGAGGAAGAGAGCGAAGAAGAGGAGGAGGAGGAAGAAGAGAGUGAAGAAGAGGAGGAGGAGGAAGAGGAGGCUCCAGAAGCGGAACUAGCCAAUCCGGCGUCAGAAUCAUGGCUCCUCAAAAGCUCCAAAUCCCCCUGGGCAGGCAAAAAAGAGGAACCCAAGGCUGAGCUGACCGAGGAGCAAAAAAAAUACGCGGAGGAGCACGCUUUGAAAAAAGCCAAGAAGGAGAGAGGAGACAAGGAGGAGGUGGAAGAAAAGAGCACGUUCCAUGGGAAGCAGGAGAAGGACUAUCAGGGUCGCUCGUGGAUUGCACCGCCUAAAGACGCCCUUAAUCCCGUGCCGCCCACGCAUUGCUAUAUUCCGAAGCGGUGGAUUCACACGUGGAGCGGGCAUACUAAGGGCGUCAGUGCUAUCCGGUUCUUCCCCAAGUACGGCCAUCUACUGCUGUCUGCAUCAAUGGACACCAAGAUCAAGAUCUGGGACGUGCCCAACACGCAGAAGUGCAUGCGCACCUACAUGGGUCACUCCAAGGCGGUUCGAGACAUUUGCUUUGCGAACGACGGGCUGAAAUUCGUCUCGUGCGGUUACGACCGUAACAUCAAGCUCUGGGACACCGAGACCGGGCAGGUCACGGGGACGUUUUCCACGGGUAAAAUACCCUACGUGGUGAAAUUACACCCCGACGACGACAAGCAGAACAUUCUGCUGGCGGGGAUGAGCGACAAGAAGAUCAUGCAGUGGGACACGCGGUCAGGGGAAAUUACCCAGGAAUAUGACCAACAUUUGGGUGCAGUCAAUACGAUUACGUUUCUGGAUGACAACAGGCGGUUUGUAACGAGCAGCGACGACAAAUCGUUGCGCGUGUGGGAGUUUGGUAUUCCCGUUGUCGUCAAGUAUAUCAGUGAGCCGCACAUGCACUCUAUGCCAGCCAUAGCAGUGCAUCCCAACAAGGCGUGGGUGGCAGCUCAAUCCCUGGACAACCAGAUCAUCGUAUACGGUGCUAAGGACCGGUUCCGGCUCAACAGGAAGAAGCGUUUCGCAGGCCACAUCAUUGCAGGAUACGCCUGCCAGGUGAACUUUUCCCCGGAUGGCCGGUUCAUAAUGUCAGGGGACGGAGAGGGCAAGCUGUGGUUUUGGGACUGGAAGACAUGCAAGGUGUUCCGCACAGUCAAGUGCCACGACUCGGUGUGCAUCGGGUGUGAAUGGCACCCCCUGGAGACCAGCAAGGUGGCCACGUGCGGCUGGGAUGGGCUCAUCAAAUACUGGUUCGGCUUGGAGCAGGAAUACACUCUCCUCAAGAAGGACGUCAAGUGGCCCCUCGGCUGGCCCACCGGCGGCUACCCCGCUCCGCAAGGGCCGUACUACUGCGGCACGGGCGCGGACAAGGCGUGGGGUCGCGACAUUGUCGACGCGCAUUACAAGGCGUGCCUGUACGCGGGGAUUAACAUCAGCGGCAUUAACGCGGAGGUGAUGCCGGGCCAGUGGGAGUUCCAGGUGGGCCCCUGCACGGGUAUCGAGGCGGGCGAUCACCUGUGGAUGGCGCGGUAUUUGUUGGAGAGAGUGACGGAGAUGGCAGACGUGGUGCUUUCGCUGGAUCCCAAGCCGAUCGAGGGCGACUGGAAUGGCGCCGGCUGCCAUACCAACUACAGCACCAAGGCAAUGCGCGAGGAGGGCGGGUACGAUCUGAUCGUGAAGGCGAUCGAGAAGCUGGGGCUGAAGCACAAGGAGCAUAUCGCGGCGUACGGCGAGGGCAACGAGCGCCGCCUCACGGGCAAGCACGAGACGGCCGACAUGAACACCUUCUCCUGGGGUGUGGCCAACCGUGGCUGCUCGGUCCGUGUGGGUCGCGACACAGAGGCGCAGAAGAAGGGUUACUUCGAGGACAGGCGGCCAUCGUCUAACAUGGACCCAUACAUUGUCACGGGCAAGAUUGCAGAGACCACCAUCCUGUGGGAGCCUACUGGCACAGCAGCAGCAUGGGGGUUGGCCCUAGUGGGUGUUGAGGCAGAUACAGCAGCAGAAGGGGGGCGGGUCCCUAGGGCUGUGCUACUGGUAGCCGAGGGGCUUGACACACCCGCCCUCGCCCCUUCUGCAGAUGCAGCCACUGCUCCAGGCGUUGAGACAGGCACUGCAGAAGCAGGCGAAGGGCGGGCCCCUAGAGUCAUGCUACUGGCAGCAGAGGGCCCUGACACACCCGCUGCCCUCGCCCCUGCUGCAGAUGCAGGCACGGUGGCAGGCACUGUUCCAAGCGCUGAUGCAGGGACUGCAGUGGCCACUGCUGCAGGUACGAUUGCAGGCACGGUUGCAGGUACGGUUGCAGGUACGGCUGCAGGCACGGUUGCUGGCACAGUUGCAGGCACGGUUGCAGGCACGGUCGCAGGCACGGUGGCAGGUACGAUUGCAGGCACGGUGGCAGGUACGGUUGCAGGUACGGCUGCAGGCACGGUUGCUGGCACGGUUGCAGGCACGGUUGCAGGCACGGUUGCAGGCACGGUGGCACGUAGGGUUGCAGGCACGGUGGCAGGUACGGUUGCAGGCACGGCUGCAGGUACGGUUGCAGGCACGGUUGCAGGCACAGCUGCAGGCACGGUUGCAGGCACGGCUGCUGGCACGGUUGCAGGCACGGCUGCAGGCACGGUAGCAGGCACGGCUGCUGGCAUUGUCCCUCGUAGAGACACUGUGCUCCUCACCCCUUGGCUGCUCACUGGCUGA